AUGGCGGAUCCUCUCAGCAUCGCAGGAUCCGUGGUGGGCAUCACCGCAGCCGGCGUACAAGCCUCCGUAAAGCUGUACGCACUUGCCGAAAAGGUUGCGACAGCCAGCCAAAGAGUAACAAGCAUCGCAGACGACAUCAGCAGCACAUGCGCCAUUCUCAACCAGGUGCGCGAACUUAUCAUACCUCAGCCUGAUGCGCAAGGCACUCUCAAGUCGGUCUUCAACUCCAUCGCUCUCAACGACAUCUCGCAUGCUCUCCGCCGAUGCAGGUCCUCUUUCACGGACAUCGAAGCUCUCUUGCGUCGCGCGUUCGAGCAAGUGGGGAAACGCCCAGCGCUGCGAUCAAACAUCAAGCUUUCCCGGUUCGAACAAGCGAAAUGGCCGUUUUUACAGCCACAGUUCGACGAGCUGCGCAACGAUCUUCGAGAUGCGAAGGGAAAUCUUGUAUUGAUGAUUGCUGUGGCCAGCCUUGCUCUUGCGCAGAGAGAUGGACGACAGCGACCGAUUCAUGAUACGGAGAGACUGGAGCUCGGGUCUACGAUUGUGCAGCUGCAACGGGCGAAUGCGGUCAAAACACAACCUCAACACUCUUCAAAGAUUCCUCGAAGGGAGGUGAAGGACUCGCAAAGUCUUUCUACCUCAGGUGUUGAUGCCGACAAGGGCAUGUCUUCCAAGCAAGCACCCAUGUUUGCGAUGGCGACUUUGGCAAAAGCCCUUCCGCCUGGCCCACCAGUAUCGGACGGGUUCCCGUCGCCUUCCAGUGAUAGAGGUAGAGGAAUCUCGUUACCCGGAACCGGUAUGAGUGUCGCAAAUAUGUCUCUGGCCUCCAUCGGUGAUACACAAGUUCGAGCGGCAGGACUUCCUCUCAGAUCGCACGCAUCUCUUGGACCAAGUGAGCCAGUCCGAGCCAGUUCACGUUCAAGUCCAGGAGGUAUAACAUCGUCACGAAGAGUAAAGACCCCAGGUCCGAGUUCACCGGGAGAGUCGCACCCUUCAGAUCAACCCAUUCCCCAGCAAUCUACACUUUCUAUCCCACCAUUCGAGCCGACGGCAGCAGCCCAGCAACAUGAGGCGCAACCUGAGGCAACCACCGCUGCAGGCGGUGAUAAUGUAACCACCGCGGACAAUGACGAUGUAAUCUGCUUCUAUUCAGGAUUUACUACCACUUUUCUUCAGGGACUUCAAACAGGUCGCGGCGACUCACUCUUGUUAGAUGGGAUGGAGCUACCCCACGCCUCACUCGAGAAACUGGUCAAAAAAUACACCGACGAAGGCAACGAUCCACACAUCGCGAUGUCAGAGCUCACACGAGAGCAGCAGGCCAUGAUCAAAGAGACAAUUAAUGAAGACAAUUGGGAAAUAGCGUAUGUUCGCUUACAACGCAACAUCAGUGUAUCCAGUGUUUUUGGUACAUUGAACGUUGAAACGCUCAAGUGGAUCUCCAGAAUGAAAAUUAAAAUGCCACCGGGAGAGAAUAGCCCAAGUAAUUCAGGUGGUACCGGACUGUUUGCGAUGGGUCCACAGCAUCCUUCUCACGACUUCGAACCCGCGGUGCUAGCCGCAGGAGGAUCUCACACCCCAUCGCCCCCACGACUUACACCUCCUGCUUCCUCGACUCCCGAUCUCAAUCGCUCGUUCAUCCGCAGACUUAGACGAGAACAAGGCGGUAGUAUACGCAGACAAAUACCCCCUGAGCCUACCAGGAGUGACUUAGUGUCUCCAGACUUCAAUAUGUACAACCAAAGAUCCUCCAAGCCCGGAGAAAAGCCUGUUACACCUGAACCUAACCCCGACUUCCGUCCAAUAAUGGAUUCAUCGAGUGCCACGCCACUCGCUCGUUCAAAAACAACACCAAUGCCGGACGCGGACGACGAAUUCGACAAUGAGCUCGAUUCACCACCACAACACCCGCCUGAUGAAUCUGAGGAUGUGCUGGAGGAGCAAUUCUCCUAUGAGAGGCCCAGUACACUGAACACGGGGUACGAAGCGUUCGAUAGAACAUCCGUAAAGUUUUCUGAUGCCUCCAAAUCUGGAGGAUAUUCUAGGCCACGCGCAUCUGAGGCCGCGGAACACGUUGAUCCAUCAACAUCAAUGCCAACCGAAUACGAUCCCGACGUUGAUGCAUGGGCCGCGCAAUACACUGAUCCAUCAGCGUUAAUUCCACCCUCAAUGCCAUACGAAUUCGAUCCCGACCUUGAUACACAUGCCGCGGACUCCGUUGAUCCAGCAACAACAGCAAUGCCGGACGCGGACGACGAAUCAGACGACGAGGUUGACGCUGAUGUUGAACCAGUUGUAUAUCAGAGCAUGCCUGGGGAGAGACCCUAUCAUCCCCAGGGAUCCGUGUACACGGGCACGCAUUCUUUGGCACCCAGUCACAAUUUUGACUUCACUCAGAUAGCAAACCGACAGAUGGAAGCUAUGCGCAGUCAGGACCAGGGAAGCGCAAUGGUGCCUGUAGAAGAUAAUGGGGAAGACAUCGUGAAUGAGCUUCUCGCUCGGUGGACGACUUCGUGA